AUGGUGGCUCCGGCCCCCGCGACGGCGGCGGCGGCGCCCGUGGCGGCGGCUGUGGCGCGGCCCGCAAACGGGGUGGGCGCGGGGCAGCAAGGGGCGCUGGCGGCGGCGCCUCAGCAGGCCGCCAAGAAGGUGCUGCCGGCUGUGCAGGUGGUGGAGGAGGUCAGCCUGCUGGGCUGCCUGCGGCGCUUCAUCCGCCCGGACCGCGUCUCGGGCCACACCUGCAGCGGCUGCGGCGCGACCGGCGACGCCACCAAGCAGGUGUCGCUGCGGCGGCUGCCCCCCGUGCUGUGCCUGCACAUGAAGCGCUUCAAGUUGGACGAGCGCCACAACAGGCUGUACAAGCUGCAGGUGCCGCUCAGCUUCCCCCUCGGGUCCCUGGACAUGAGCCCCUUCCUGUCCUCCUCGGUGCUGCGCGCCGCGGCCCUCCCGCGCGCCGCCGGCGCCAAGCGGCUGUUGGCGCACUGCGCGGCCGGCGCCGAAGGCGGCGCACGCGGCGACGAGCAGCAGCGCGCCGCCGCCGCCGCCGCCGCGGAGUCCCCCGGUGGGGACGCGUUUUUGGGGCGCUGCUGUUACGACCUGUUUGGCGUCGUGAGCCACCGCGGGGACAUGUCUGCGGGGCACUACAUGGCGUACGUCAGGGCGGGCGGCGCAUGGUUCAAGUGCGACGACGCAUGGGUGCUGCUGGCGGACGGCGAGGCCGAGGUCGGGCGCUGCCAGCCCUACAUGCUGUUCUACCAGCAGCGGGACCCCGCCGCGGGGGCCGCGGGGGCCCCGGGGGCCGCGCUUGGCGGCGCCGCCGCCGCCGCGGUCGCGGGGGCCGCCAGGGCGGCCAUGGCAGGCGCACGGGCUUGA